GCUGGCGGCGGCGGCGGGGUGGGAGAGACUUUGAAUGACCGAGCUCGCGUCCACCUUUCUCUUCAUGUCGACGUCCCUGGAAACAGUCACACGGAUGCCAUGGUCACUUCUGCCACGAUCUUACAGGUGAACAAGGUGAUGUCCAUCUUGUUUUAUGUGAUAUUUCUCGCUUAUCUCCGUGGCAUCCAAGGUAACAGCAUGGAUCAAAGGAGUUUGCCGGAAGACUCGCUCAAUUCCCUGAUUAUUAAGCUGAUCCAGGCAGAUAUUUUAAAAAACAAGCUCUCCAAGCAGAUGGUGGACGUUAAGGAAAACUACCAGAGCACGCUGCCCAAAGCAGAGGCCCCCCAGGAGCCUGCCAAGUCGGAAUUCCAGCCCAUGACGGCCAUGGGCCCCGAACUGCUGCGGCAUCAGAGACACUACAACUCCCCCCGGGUCCUGCUGAGUGACAGCACCCCCUUGGAGCCCCCUCCCCUGUACCUCAUGGAGGAUUACAUGGGCAACCCCGUGGCGACCAACAGAACGGCGCGGAGGAAGAGGUACGCGGAACACAAGAGUCACCGAGGGGAGUACUCCGUGUGUGACAGCGAGAGCUUGUGGGUGACCGACAAGUCAUCGGCCAUCGACAUUCGGGGACACCAGGUCACGGUGCUGGGGGAGAUCAAAACCGGCAACUCUCCCGUCAAACAAUAUUUUUAUGAGACGAGAUGUAAAGAGGCCAGGCCUGUCAAGAACGGUUGCAGAGGCAUUGACGACAAACACUGGAACUCUCAGUGCAAAACCUCCCAAACCUACGUCCGGGCACUGACAUCAGAAAACAACAAGCUGGUCGGCUGGCGGUGGAUACGGAUAGACACAUCCUGUGUGUGUGCCUUGUCGAGAAAGAUCGGAAGAACAUAAAUUGGCAUCUCUCCCCAUAUAUAAAUUAUUACUUUAAAUUAUACAAUAUGCACGUAGCAUAUAAAUGUUUAUAUUGUUUUUAUAUAUUAUAAGUUGACCUUUAUUUAUUAAACUUCAGCAACCCUACAGUAUAUAAGCUUUUUUUCUCAAUAAAAUCCGUGUGCUUGCCUU